GGGGGACCAGAAAUUCUUCCAAAAGACUUGAAUGCCCUGGCUGGGUGAUAUCUGAUAUCUUACAACAACCACGUCAUCCCGGAAAACUUUCUGUGCUUUGAGUGUCAGCUUGUACUUCAGCGUGACAUCCCAUCACCCAAUCUGGUGAGAUCUGGUGUCGAGUCAAGUUGUCGUUUUCCUUCAGAUUUCUUCCAGCACCCAGGGAGAGAGCACCACCAGUCGUAUCCUUGAGUUAUUCUCCCACGAUCGACUACAGCCAUACAUCCUCCGUGCCCUCUUCCUGCAACGAUCACCCACACAUAAUCGACAUCAGCAACAAAUCUAUCCCUUUCGGCCUGCUGUACGUACCGUCUGGUGGCGGUUUAUAAAUACCCUUCCAUCCCUUAAUCCGCUUCUUGCCCCAUUUAUAUUCCUCUUCACCAGCUUCAGCAAAUUUAUGUUCCAAUCAUAAAAAAUCAUAUAAACCUACCAAAAAAAUAAUCUCACCGCUUUUUCCUUUACUCCAUCACCAACGGUAAAUUUUUUUCAACGACCGCCUGACCAAUAAUCGAAAGUUUUGCCAUUACUUCAACCAGAUGACCGGCUCGCAGUUCACCCGUCCUAAUCUCCCAGCUCAGCAAGGUCCAUCGCAUCUUGGCAGAACAUCUGGAGAAGAAAAUAGGCCGAUCAAUGCGCCGACUGAGUUGGAAGCGGAUGAAAACCGAUUGAGAUUCGACAGAUCGCGCAUCCCGGUUUUCAACUCAGAAGCACCCCCAAACCGUCUACCUCCUGGCCAGUCGCCAGCUGCAAGAUUGGAUGAUCAGGCAGACGCAAUAGUACACGCUACUGCUCCGGUUUUCAUCGAUCGAAAUUUAUUCCCAAGAUCCUCAGACUACCCCUCCGAACAAGUCCCGAGCGACUCAAGCUCGUUCAUUCACCCGGCACCCCCAUCUUAUGAACAGACUAUCCCCUCUGCCCAAAUCCCCAACUUCGAAGGCCGAAGUGACCUGGGAUCGAACUUGACCGAUAUCAGGAAUCUUCCCAAUCAAGUUGAAAUCAAGAAUCCAUCGGGGAAUCCUCAAACAUUGCCGCAAGAAAAUCCAUUUGAAUCAUAUCCCGGCCGAUCUGUCACCAAUGAACCUUCAAACAACGUGGCCGCGAGUCCGUACACUCAUUUGGAUCGGUCGAUUCCCAUCAAAGCUCAUGCAAGUCAGUACCAUGUCGCGGACAGUCAGCAUAUUGAUGAUGAUUCGGAAGCAUCAUUCGACGCUGAACACGGUGCUUCCAAGGCCCAUUUCGAGGCCGAUCGGCAUCAUUCAGAAGAGUCGCACAACUCUUCCGUCGAGGAUGGCCAUGACGAGCUAGUUCCCCAUGCCGCCACACCAUCUAUAACCGCCUCUAGCGGAGGACCCAAAGAUAAGCGUCUCAACGAAGUCGGUCCUCAGUCUCGUCAAGAGCCCUGUGAGGACCUCCAUGCGGGACGGAGCCCUCAUUAUGGCUAUCUUUCGACUCCGACAGGCGAACUCGACAAAGUUCACCGACAGGAAGAUCCGCUAUAUGAAGCCGAACUCACGCCGUCAAUGGAUUUCUCUCACGGAAGAGCUGAAGAGAACCGAUUUGAUCCAGUUCGUCCUCAACCUCAUGUCCAACAAGACGAACACUUUCAAGCGGGACGAAGCUCUACCAUGAAAGGCAAUACAGCUCCGAGAGGCGAACCCGAGAAAGGGCAUCGACAACAAGAUCAGCCACACGCGGGCGAUUUUCAAGUUGAAAAGACAACAGCACACGAAAUUGAUCAAGCCCCUCCGAUAAAGAAGUCGAUUGCUACCUUUCACAGUCCCACCAAAGAGCACGAUUUGAAUGAAUCGUCGAAGGACAUUUUCUCUGCCCAUCUCACCGCCGACCUUGAUCCAAGACCAGAGUUUUCGUUCAGUCCACAAGUAACUCACUCUAAGCCCAACUCUCCGCAGUCCAGCGAAGCAAGCUUACCACUGCACAGCUCCUCUCGAGGUAGCAAGCAUGACAAUCAGUCUCUGUAUAAUAGUCCUCAGCCGGUCUUGCACACGGAGCAAGCAGUGCAAGAUCACCUUUCGGAUAACUUUUUUGCUGGUGAUGCGAAAAUCCCCGAGACGAUUUUACCGAACCGCCAAGAGUCUAGCCAAUCACGCUCCGAUUUCUAUCAUUUCCCCCCCUAUUCCUCUGGUCUGGAUAGUGAGGCUUCUCAAGGUAUCUCAAAUUGCGACCGAGAGGAAGAUCUGUCCCAGGAGUGCCGAUCCGGAGAUAGUGCAACAGAUGACCAGGACCAUCAUCAUCGUCAAAUAUCUGGCCCGUCCCCUGCGACAGAGAAAACUAGACGCAAGUUUUAUUUCAACCCGGAAUUGGCUGCUUCGAGGAACCUUGAUGCCAACGAAACAACCGUCGCUAUGAACAUCGUUCCUCCGAACGAAGAAGUUUUGGAUACCGAAGAAACUCAAGCCGCUUUGCCCGGUUUCGAAUUGGUGAGCACCCUAAGUGAACAUACACCUGUCGCUGGUCAAGUCAUGGGAGCACACACCGAUGACAAGACUUAUUCUACUCAAGCACACGACCGUACUGAGCACAUUUCCGAUUCCUCAUCAUCUGCAGACAUCCCCAUCGAAUCCACUGUAUCAGCAACUAAUCAAGGACACGCGCGAAGCAUUAGCAUGACUCAACAAUCUUCCUCUUCGGACAAUCAAAACUCAAUUAUCAUUUACUCCGACCACCCUCCAACACAAGAAACUCACGACACCAUCAGCGAAUCACCUUCUGGCAAUUCUCAGCUGUUAGAAGAAAUGCAAGGAAGCUCCUUGGACGACCAAGAGAGCCAUAGAGUUCUUGACAAAGUGUUUGAUUUCUCUUCGACUGAUGAUCAGCGGCACGAUGAGUCAUUGGACGCCUCUCAGAGCCCGCCAGAACAGUCCGAGGUGCCGAUCCGCGAACCCCUAAGGCGUGAGCCUCCUGCCAACCCUAGUGUUCUUGUGACUGCCGAAAAAGAAAAUCCAGAAGUCGGCUUUUUUAGAGGUUCAACAUCCACCUUGUCCACCCGACCCUACCGCAGCUCCUCUCAUGAAUCCGAAUCAGAAGUGUCGGGCGAAGCUGUGGAGACACUCGGAGAGCACUUGCGGCCGCGCCAUUCCAUCCUUGAGCCCGAGUCAGAAGCUGCCCAAGAGGAAGCGAGCUCCGAUGGUGAAGUGGACUCGCAUCAUGAAGACAACUCGCACAACAGGGAUAGAUAUGAGUUGGAGAAUGUUAUGGAUGAGGAGGAGUUCCUACCACCAGGACAAGAACCGACUCCUUACGAUAUGGAAGGCUCAGAGGCUUCUUUCUCAGACGAAGACCUGGAUUAUUCCUACACCGGCGACGUCCCGACGACCCACCUCAGUACAAUCACGGAACUCUCUGAGUCUUUGGCUGAAGCCCAUCUAUCCCGUUCCCCCCUGAGCCAGAACUGGCCUUCUCAAUCAAGUCCCGCCGUGCAGCAUGAAUCGCACAUUGACGAGGAACCCCUCGGAUACACAGAAACACAUCCAGUCCAACUCGAGCGCACAGCUUCACUCGCAGACAGUUCCCUCGCUGAAGAUGUAAGGGAAGAUAUUCCACCCAGAUUGGAAGAUUCCAGCCAAUCGCACGAAAUAACGGUGGAACCCGAUGACAACCAAUCUCGUUCUUUGCAACGGACGAGCAAUCAGGAAUUGGCAUCAUCGUCUCACAAUUCUCCCCGAGACAUCCCGGUCCCGCAGGAUGAUGGAAGUAUGGUAGAGCACGAGAUGUUUGGACAGGAGGAUUCCCUCAGCGAUGUUGGCCAUGAACACGGCCCGAACACUUCUACUGAACUUGACCAAUCUUCUUACCUGAAGGAAUCUGAAUUGAUUCCGGCUGCACAUAACACUGAGUCCUUCGUUCCACCCCUUGCUGUUCCCACCGCGAUCCCGGCAAACGAAGUUCAGAUCAAUCAAUCUACCGUCUCCAAUCACCAGAGCGCCGCCCAAUCUGAUUUCCACACUGAAGCGAUGCUCACCGUCGACAAUCUGGUUGAUGAAGUUCUCAGUAUGAUUCCAGAACAAAACAACAAGUCUAUCGUUCUGGAUUCGCCGGUCCCAGCAGAAACUCAUAGCUUUGAUAACCGUUCAAUCGAGCAGGAAGAAUCCGGCCGAGCCACGCCGGAUAGCGUAUUACACGCAAGCAUCCGCGAAGUUACAUCGGAUAAGGUUGCCGAUAGCCAAGAAACGGAAGCUGAACGAAUCGCCCACUCCGACUCAGCCGAGCCGCCUUCUCAUCCUCUCAAGGAUGAUAGCUUGCAACUUUCAGUAAGUGAUGCAUCGGCUGGGACAUUAGAUGAAAAUACACGCGAAGUUGUAUCAGACCCUCUUUCUGGCAAUCAUGAGACGCCAGUUCAACACCACCCAGAAGCUGUCGAGCCGCCCUCUCAACCUCCACACGAAGAUAGUUCUCAGCUUGUAGUGGGUGAUGAAAAGCACGAUGAGGUUGAGAUAUCGCGCAACGAAGUACGAGACUCUAGUGAUGCGGCAGACGGUCCCGCCAUCACACCUGUUUCACCUCAAGAACCUCUGCCUGAUCACAAUGAAUUACCAACACUUCUAUCGGCUGCACUGCCGACCCCGGAGCCGGCGGAAUUCAUUGAAGCGACAGCGUCGUCUGAAGCACAGGACGUCCCAACCCCUGCCCAUUCUGAGCUACCGCAUGAAGCAUCGAUUCCCGUCGACAUCUUGGAGGAAGAAGUCUCAAGCCCUACUACCAAACCACUCACGGAAGCUGUUGUCAUUGAUCAAUUGCUCCCCGUGCUAACUGAAAGGCCUAGAAAUCAUACAACCGGUCAUGCUGAAGAAGACGCAAUCGAGCGGGCUACACCAUCGAAUCAAAGCAUUCUGGACAUUGUUGACCAGGUUUCGGGUCAUACUGAAAUUGAAGAAAGACCUUCUCACCCAAGCCCAACGGAUGAAGACUCGGCCGGAUUAUCUCAAGUUGCCCCUCAAAACAUCCCGAUCCCUGAAGAUAGUACAAGGUUAGAAGAGCACGAGGACAUCGGACUGGAUGAUUCUUUCAAAGACAACACUGGUCAUGAAAAUGCUAUGAUCACUUCCCCCACAACACUGGCACCCACUAUUACUGCUCCCCCCGGUGAUGGAAUUGAGGCGAUGCAGACUUCUGAAGCCCAAGCCAUUGAUUCCCAGAAUGACGCGGUCCAUCCCGCCGAUGGUUUGGUCGAAGAAGCCACAAGCCUCAGCGAAAAGGCAGCUGAACAGAUUAUCAACCACGAAGUAGCCGAAGCGCUUUCUCAAUCUCCUAAAGACAAUAGUCCGCAUCUGGUAGUGGGCAAUGCCAACGAGGAAAAAGUUGAAAUUCAUUCUUCACACUUGAGCGAUGUCAAGGACGCUGUCGGAGACCCAGCCAGUCCCACUGAAGAAAUCCCCAGCAACGAUUUACUUGCAGAUGACCCUAACCUCAAAUCCCAACCAGCCCAAGCGCUUGUUGCCACGGAACCGCCUUCAGUGGAAACUAAAAAUCUCGAAGAACUUACAGGAAAGGGUACAACCGAGUCGUCUGAGCCAACAGAUGAAUCGACCAGUCCAUCUCUGGCUACUGAUAGACUUUUAGUGGAGACUGAAGGGCCAGAACGUCAUACAAUCGAACACGCAGAAACUGAAAUCCACGCGGUGGCAGCUGAACAAAUUCCCAACUCCCCAGCCAAAGUGCCCUCUCAUCCUCAAACCGAUGAUAUCACACAAAUCAUCUCGAGUGAUCCGAAGGACGAAAUGGUUGGAACCCCCUCCAAGCGAUUUCAAGAUCCCAGUGGUGCAGAAGAGGUCCGCUCAACCACGACGGCUCCACCUGAGCAACUUCAACCCGCUAUUAGUCAAGAGUCAACCAUCCAACCAACCCUAGCGCCGGCCGCCCAACCGACACCAGGGCCAGUGGAUGCUACUGACGGAAUAAAGGCGCCUGGAGCUCAAGUCCUUCAUUCUACAAUCGCAGAAACUGACACGGGUCCAGCCCAAUCUGAGAUUAACACUGAAGCGGAGCUCACUGUCAAGAGUUCGGCUGAAAAUGCGCCGAGCAGCAGUCUAAGUUCCGAAUUACCUCAAGACAAUGCCGUUUUGGAUCAACAGAUUUCAGCGGAAACCGGAAGCCUCGAACAUCAUCCAACCAAGCCGCCCAUGCCGUUUGAUGCAACUGAAUCCAUCGCCCCCCCAGUCAAUGUCAAAGACACGAUACCGUCUUCUGAAGUAGAAGUCCAGGCCAACGACAAGGUUUCGGGCAACACUGCAAUUGAAACCAAUCCUUUGCAGCCGAUCCUCAGCAAUGGAGACUUGGCCGGAUUUUCGCCAGUUCCCCCUCAAGAUGUCCCAAUCCCGGAAAGCAAGGCAAGCGUAGCACCUCAAGAUAUCCCGAUCCCAGAGAGCAAGGCAAGUAUGACUGAGCCCGAGACAGGCAAACAGGAUGAUUCCUUGAGACUUGAUUUGGGGCACGCAGACACCGCACCACCUUCUCCCCUCGAUAAGUCUUCUCCAGAAGGUCACGAAUCAAUCUCAGCUCUCGGUAGCUCUGAAUCAGUCGUUGCGCCUGUUGAUGCUACUGAGACAACAUCGGCAUCUGUAGCCCAGACCAUCCAACCAAGCGGGGAUCGGCAGCUACAAAUUGAAAUUGAAAGCCUUGACAACCACGACAUGGAACAAGCGCUUCAACUGCCGCGAUCACCAGAAGAAUUAGAGUCAAAGCCCACAACUGACCUUGAAGUAUCCCGUGAGGGAGUUCCUCAUGAUGGAACGCAGGAUUCAGAGUCAACCUCUAUAGAUGCCGAAGCAGCUCCUCAAGAGGCUGAGCCAGCUCCUCAAGAGGCUGAGCCAGUUCCUCAAGAAUCCAAGCCAGCUCCUCAAGAAACCGAGCUAUCUCCUCAAGAAUCUGAGUCAGCUCCUCUAGAGGCCGAGUCAGCUCCUCAAGAAUCCGGCCAGCUCCUCAAGAACCUGAGUCAGCUCCUCAAGACCCCCAGCCAGCUCUUCAAGAGGCUCAGACAGCUCCUCAACAAUCCGAGUCAGCUCCUCGAGAGGCCGAGCCAGUUCCUCAGGAAUCUGAGCCAGCUCCUCAAGAACCUGAGUCAGCUCCUCAAGAACCCAAGUCAACUCCUCAAGACUCACAGCCAGCUCCCCAAGAGGCUGAGACAGCUCCUCAACCAUCCGAGUCAGCUCCUCGAGAGGCCGAGCCAUUUCCUCAGGAAUCCGAGCCAGCUCCUCAAGAACCUGAGCCAGCUCCUCAAGAACCUGAGACAGCUCCUCAAGAAUCCGAGCCAGCUCCUCAAGAAACUGAGUCAGCUCUUCAAGAAUCCGAGUCAGCUCCUCAAGAACCUGAAUCAGUUCCUCAGGAGGCCGAGUCAGCUCCUCAAGACCCCCAGCCAGCUCUUCAAGAAUCUGAGACAGCUCCUCAAGAAUCUGAGCCAGCUCCUCAAGAAUCCGAGUCAGCUCCUCAAGAGGCCAACCCAGUUCCUCAAGCUUCCGAGCCAGCUCCUCAAGAACCCGAGUCAACUCCUCACGACUCACAGCCAGCUCCUCAAGAGGCUGAGACAGCUCCUCACCAGCCAGCUCCUCAAGAAUCUGAGACAGCUCCUCAAGAACCUCAGUCAGCUCCUCCAGACACCCAGCCAGCUCCUCAAGAGGCCGAGUCAGCUCCUCAAGACUCACAGCCAGCUCCUCAAGAGGCUGAGGCAGCUCCUCAAGAAUCCGAGCCAGCUCCUCAAGAGGCCGAGCCAGUUCCUCAAGAAUCCGAGUCAGCUCCUCAAGAACCUGAAUCAGCUCCUCAGGAGGCCAAGUCAGCUCCUCAAGACUCCCAGCCAGCUCUUCAAGAAUUUGAGACAGCUCCUCAAGAAUCCGAGCCAGCUCCUCAAGAAUCCGAGUCAGCUCCUCAAGAGGCCGAGUCAGUUCCUCAAGAAUCCGAGUCAGCUCCUCAAGAACCUGAAUCAGCUCCUCAGGAGGCCGAGUCAGCUCCUCAAGACCCCCAGCCAGCUCUUCAAGAAUUUGAGACAGCUCCUCAAGAAUCCGAGCCAGCCCCUCAAGAAUCUGAGUCAGCUCCUCAAGAGGCAGAGCCAGUCCCUCAAGAAUCUGAGCCAGCUCCUCAAGAACCUGAGCCAGCUCCCCAAGAACCUGAGACAGCUCCUCAAGAAUCUGAGCCAGCUCCUCAAGAGGCUGAGACAGCUCCUCAAGAAUCCGAGUCAGCCCCUCAAGAACCUGAAUCAGCUCCUCAGGAGGCUGAGUCAGCUCCUCAAGACCCCCAGCCAGCUCUUCAAGAAUCUGAGACAGCUCCUCAAGAAUCCGAGCCAGCCCCUCAAGAAUCCGAGUCAGCUCCUCAAGAGGCCGACCCAGUUCCUCAAGAAUCCGAGCCAGCUCCUCAAGAACCCGAGUCAACUCCUCAUGACUCACAGCCAGCUCCUCAAGAGGCUGAGACAGCUCCUCAAGAAUCUGAGCCAGCUCCUCAAGAAACUGAGUCAGCUCCUCAAGAGGCUGAGUCAGCUCCUCAAGAAUCUGAGACAGCUCAUCAAGAACCUCAGUCAGCUCCUCAAGACACCCAGCCAGCUCCUCAAGAGGCCAAGUCAGCUCCUCAAGACUCACAGCCAGCUCCUCAAGAGGCCGAGUCAGCUCCUCAAGAAUCCGAGUCAGCUCCUCAAGAACCUGAGUCAGCUCCUCAAGAGGCUGAGUCAGCUCCUCAAGACCCCCAGCCAGCUCCUCAAGAAUCCGAGCCAGCCCCUCAAGAAUCCGAGUCAGCUCCUCAAGAGGCCGAGCCACCAGCUCCUCAAGAGGCUGAGGCAGCUCCUCAAGAAUCCGAGCCAGCUCCUCAAGAAUCCGAGCCAGCUCCUCAAGAACCUGAGUCAGCUCCUCAAGAGGCUGAGCCAGCUCCUCAAGAGCUUGAUCCAGCUCCUCAAGACACCCAGCCAGCUCCUCAAGAGGCUGAGUCAGCUCCUCAAGACUCACAGCCAGCUCCUCAAGACUCACAGCCAGCUCCUCAAGAGGCUGAGACAGCUCCUCAAGAAUCCGAGUCAGCUCCUCAAGAAUCCGAGCCAGCUUCUCAAGAACCUGAGACAGCUCCUCGAGAGGCCGAGUCAGCUCCUCAAGAAUCCGGGCCAGCUCCUCAAGAAUCCAAGCCAGUUCCUGAAGUACCCGAGUCAGCUUCUCAAGAGGCCGAGUCAGCUCCUCAAGAGGCUGAGCCAGCUCCUCAAGAAUCCAAGCCAGCUCAUCAUGAACCUGAGUCAGCUUCUCAAGAACCUGAGUCAGCUCCUCAAGACCCCCAGCCAGCUCCUCAAGAUCCCCAGCCAGCUCUUGAAGAACCUGAGUCAACUCCUCAAGAAUCCGAGCCAGCUCCUCAAGAGGCUGAGUCAGCUCCUCAAGAGGCCGAGCAAGAAUCCGAGUCAGCUCCUCAAGAAGCAGAGCCAUCUCCUCAAGAACCCAAGUCAGCUCCCCAAGAGGCUGAGCCAGCUCCUCAAGAAUCCGAGCCAGCUCCUCAAGAGGCCGAGUCAGCUCCCCAAGAAUCUGAGUCAGGUCCUCAAGAAUCCGAGUCAGCUCCUCAAGAGCUGGACCCAACUCCCCAAGAGCCGCUUGUCAAUGCAGCAGUCGGUAUGA